UCAGCUUGACAUGUUCCUGUCAUUAGGUUGUAUAGUUUAAAACAAUCACAUCUCAUCACACCGUCAAGGUGGAAAGUCACACAAUCAAAAAUGGACUCUACUAAAAAUUCAUAUCCUCCUGAAUGUGUUCUUGAAACCAUUCGUGAACGUCGCCUCCCCACGGAUCCUACAAUGCUCAUUAAUUGGAUCAAUGCUUUGAUCUAUGGUAACAUUACAAGCAUGGAUGAGUUGCGUAGUGGUGUGAUUUUCUGUCAAAUGCUAAAUAGUCUCUAUCCCGGAUGUAUCGAGAUGGAAAGCCUUCAUCAUGAACCGAAAUCUAUGUGGGAUAAAAAUUACAAAAAGUUUAAAAGGGCGCUAGACGACUUGCAGCUAGAACCACAUUUGAGUGUAUCGAGAUUGAUGAGGGGCAGCGUCUUGGACAAUAUCUAUAUAGUGCAUUUCUUUAUAGACCUAUAUCAUGUGCAUAUAGGGCUGUCCAUGGAGCGGCGCCGAAGGAGGGAGGAGAAAGAGCGUCAGAAACAGAAAAAUAAACCUAAGGAGGACCCACCAAAGAAACAGCAAGAGUCCUCUGCUAUCUAUGAACUAUUUCAGUGGUUUAAAAAUUUAGUUAUGGGACCAAAUGCUCCACUGCCACCACCCAAGGUCGUGGUUAGGCCUCCGCGGCCCAAACCCUCAGAGGAAGAGAAGCAGCGGGACUUUGAUCGUCAGGUGAGAUUGUUGUUCUUCGAGCCAGUGCCACUGUCGGAGUUUGAAGAAGAGAUGAAAAGGCAGAAGGGCGGUGGAAACAAGAAUCAGGAUCGCCAGGAUAAGGAACUUGAAGAAGCCGAACGCCGGCCUGACAAGAAGCAGGAUCGCCAGGAUAAGGAACUUGAAGAAGCCGAACGCCGGCAGCGCCAAAAGGAUCAUGAUCAACUCCGACGCCUUGUGGCAGCUUGUUUACAGCUCCGUGACGGUCAUCAGUUGAUGCAAGAGCUUUAUAUGGAAAGCCGUAAGGAACGACUGGAAAAACACUUCCUGUGAAACAUGUUCCGACCUUUGACCUCGGAUGCGUGUGUGUUUACAUUUAUUUUUUUUGGUUUUUAUCUUUUUCUGGAGGCAACAAAAGGCAGGAUCUUCGAGUUAAAUACGCGAUCAAGGUAGGCACGUCACGGUCGCCAAGUAAAGAUCGCC